ACAGGUCCAAUAUUUACAUUUCUUGAAUUCGUUGUUGCCGAAAUUGUGGUGGCUAAGAAGUCUUAUUUCAUCAAGAUUUAGUACCGUAAGUUACUGUAAUCGCCGACUAAAAUGCCACGAAAAGGAAAAAGAAAAGGUCGAAGCGAGGCACCCCCAUCUAGGCAGUCCCAAACUCAACCAGGUAGAGGGCAUGGAGAAGUUGGAAGACAUCAAGAAAGUCCAUCAAGCAGUGUCACUCCUCUCGUCAGAGGCCAACCUUCUCCUGAGUUAAGUCAGCCGACACCAGUACACGAACCGCCUGCUCCCCAACCCGAAAGAAAGGCAGUGGAUACAGUUAGUGCACUAGGAAUAGAAUUGAAACAGAAAUUGGCUCUUACACCAGCACUGCCUGCUAAACCUACCCCUGGAAAACUCGGGAGAACCAUAAAAUUAAUUGCGAACCUUUUCAAUUUUCAAGCUCCUAGUGGGAAUGUGUACCAUUAUGAUGUCGAGAUCAGCAAUUACGGUCAGAGUAUGACUACAAAACAACCGCCUCCAACCCCACCAGCCGCGACGCCGGAAGAAGAUAAAGAAAAAAUUAAAAAAGAUCAUUGUUUGAGUAUCAAAAAGAAUAGAGAGAUCAUAAAUGAAUUGAUACAGACCGAUGUAAAAUUCAAAGGCCUUUAUCCUGCAUAUGAUGGGAUGAAGAAUAUGUAUACAAGGGAACCUUUAAAAAUAGGCAAAGAACUGAAAUGCGAGGUUACUUUGAUAAAGGAGGAUGAUCCAGGUGAUCCAAAUUAUCCCGAGGGUUUGAGGACUUUUGAAAUAAUCAUUAAACCUGUUCAGAAGCCCAAAACACAGGAUUGUGCUAUUAGUUUGGAUCCCAUUCAUGCUUUAUUUGCUGGUAAGGUCACUUCAGUACCACAAGAAGCUAUCAUGGUCAUGGAAACAAUACUCCGACAAGGACCCUGCAAACGCCAUACAACUAUUCGUCGAUCGUUUUUCUAUCCUCCUGCGCCCCAAGAUAUUCACCCUCUUGGUGGUGGACUGGAAAUCUGGUUUGGAUAUCAUCAGAGCUCUCGUUUGGGCCAAUGGAAACCACUGGUUAACAUAGAUAUAACGUCUUCUCCUUUUUACCAGAAAGGUCCUGUUUUGAAGUUCAUCGCAGACUUUUUGCAUACCGAUGUUCUGCAGUUCCAACAAGUUGCAGGUCUCAAAAGCAGUGACAUUACUAAUAUAAGCAAAGAGCUAGCAACAAAGCGCAUUGAAGUGAUUCAUUUACCGUACAGAAAGAAAUAUCGCGUAGUUAAAUUGACACAAAAGAGUGCCAAUAGAAUAUAUUUUUUUGUAACUUCAGAUGGUCAGAGUGUGAAAAUGUCUGUAGCACAGUACUUUGCUCAAAAUUAUACACCCUUGAAGUAUCCCCAUCUUCCAUGUAUUCAAGUUAAUCCUGAAAACAGAGGAAUAUUCAUCCCUAUCGAAGUUUGUCAUUUAGUCGAAGGACAGUAUUGCAGGAGAAACUUGGAUGAGAGACAAAAGGCUGAGAUGAUCAAGUUUUGUGCAAAACCACCUCAAAGGAGAUUAGAAGAAAUAAAAGAAACCAUUACAUCAUCCAAAUUCAAUGAGGACCCUUGCGUUAGAGAAUUCGGUAUGAAAGUUUCAACUGACCCUUUAUCUUUGGACGGAAGGGUUAUAAAUGCUCCAAACGUUACUUACAGAGACCGCAGGAUUACACCACGAGAUGGCUCCUGGGACAUGAUGGGUAACCAAUAUUAUCGAUGUGCUGAAAUAAAUACCUGGGUAUUGUUAAGUUUUUCGGAUGGCCGUUUUUGUGGUCAGCGUCCUUUAGGACGUUUCGCAGAACUUCUGUGUCGAAUUGCAUCGGAACAAGGUAUUGGCAUAAGUCAACCAGCAACAAUUGAUAUUAUAAACACUCCUCGCCCAAAUAUACAAAACAUUCUUACGCAAGUCCAGAAAAAAUACAAGCCCAAUCUAGUAGUAGUAGUUGUUCCUGGUAGAAAUAAUGUUUUAUAUGGAGAAAUCAAACACGUGGCGGAAACCGUGCUUGGCCUCGUCACCCAGUGUAUUAGAGACAAUAAUGUCGUAUAUAAAUGCACUCCGGCUUUAGUAAGUACCUUGUGUCUAAAAAUUAAUGCUAAGACGGGUGGCGUGAAUAAUUCCUUAACUAUUGGUGAAACACCAGUCAUUAUGCAAAAGCCAGUUAUUAUCAUUGGGGCCGAUGUGACGCAUCCUGGACCUUCAGUUGAAAUGAAACCUUCCAUUGCUGCUUGUGUGGGGAGCUUGGAUGCUACCUUCUCCAAAUAUGCUGUUACACUAACUGCAAUGAUAAACAAGAAUGAGAAAAAGGAAUCUGUAGAGAUUAUUUCAAAUUUAAAAGAAAUGGUGAUAGAACUUUUGAAGAGAUUCUUCAUAAACACUAAUAAAAAAAAGCCUGAAAAAAUCAUAUUUUACCGCGAUGGCGUGAGUGAAGGGCAGUUUAAUCAAGUUAAAGAGGAGGAGGUGAGAUCCAUCAGAGAAGCUUGCACUGCGCUAGAAUCCUGCUAUCAGCCUGGAAUAACUUUCAUUGUUGUUCAGAAGCGUCAUCAUGUGAGAUUUUUUCCCGAAGAUGCAAGAACAGGAGUUGGUACAAUGCGAAAUGUCCCUGCUGGAACUACUGUUGAUACCACUGUAGUGCAUCCCCUGAACUACGACUUCUUUUUGUGCAGUCAUUUUAGUAUACGAGGUACUAGUAGACCAGCCCAUUAUACUGUUAUUGAAGAUGAUAAUGAUUUUAAAUCUGAUGAUCUUCAAAAGUUAACAUAUUACUUAUGCCAUACCUUUGCCCGUUGCACCAAGAGCAUCUCAGUUCCCACUCCUGUACAGUAUGCCCAUUUAGCUGCAUCCCGUUCGAGACAGCACCUGUUAACAUACAUAGAGGAAACUAGUGCCAUGAGCACCUCAUCAGAUUCGUCUCAUUCCCUACCUGUAUUAGAAACCACCAGGAAGGCGAUCAGUGUUGUGGAAAAUAUGAAGGACUCUCUGUACUUUGUGUAAUUUCGCAGUUCAGUUAAGCGAAUACAAUUUUUUUUUUCUGUUUUUAUUAAAUCCUUGUUUAUUUGCCAUCUAUUUGUAAAAAUUUAAAGAAAAAUUUAUUAGGAAUUUUUAAAUCGAAAUGAUUUUGAAUUUCGAUUUAAUAUGAUUUUUUUUGUAUUGAAACACUGAUGUAAAUCGUUGAAUAAAAUGUGGAAUUCCA